CGAUUUUUCGUUUGAAGAAAUUUCAAAAAUUUACCUGACAAGAUAUGCCACAUACGUAAAUACAUGCUCUAACUCGAAUUUCGUAUCGCAAUGUUUGGUAAAUUCAAGCACGACCUUCGAGCGAUCAUUGUUACGGUAAAAGUGACACCUUCUCGAAAUUAUUUGUUAUUAGCCCAUUGCCGGUCACGUAUUCUCUAUAUUGCCAUGAAAUGAACGAAGAAAUUACAUCAUGAAUCAUAUCGCCCAAGCGUGGAACGCAAAAUUUUCCAACAAAAGCAAUUCACCAACUUGCAAUAGAUUGCUAUCGUCAUCAAAUAUCUUGUCAUCCACGAUGGUUCAGUGUGGUUCCUGGAGAUCUAGAAUGCUCGAUAAGGUGAAAGAAUGUCGUGAUGCGAUUAAGAACAUGGUGGCCUUCGACAAGUCGCCAAACAACGUUAAAACUACGCAAACAGCCGGCAAACGCCUAAGCAAUUCCUUCAUCCAUACCAGAGCAACGACUUCUCUAUCCUCGAUACCGGAUGUCAUUACGUUCAGCAGUAUCGCGUUGAAGCAUAAAGAAUACGAAGACGUGCCGAUUCUAAUGAGAGACUCCAUAUUAAAUUCGGAUAAAUCAGAGAAACUGAACACGUCCGUGGAACCGAUCGACCGAACUAACGAUGCAAACGAUUCGUUUAACCGCUUCGUUUCGAUGGAUAACAUGAUCAGUAAUUCGUUGAAAUCGUUCCUGGCGCUCGAGGAGCAGGUAAAAGAGGAAUUUUUGGAACAGCACGUUUCCUCUAUCAAAAAGAAAAUCUCAGCGGAGCCGUUUCUUUCUUAUGCGGAAGGAAACGCAGAAUUCAUUUGGACGGACGACACAACGGAGGAGGGUUUCUUUGGUAACGCAUGGAAUUCUCUAGAACAUUUGGACACGAUCAAUAUCGGAAAUCCACGUAGGAACUCUACGUUUUACGAAGACUUUUGCCUGCACAAAAAUCGUACUUCUUCCCCGAUUCGAAAUCAUCCGUUCCAAGAUUCUGGCUUUGAAAAUAAUUUCUCCAUAUAAGUCUUCGCUUAUCAUUAUUUAUUGAAUAUUUCUACGUCCUUUCCUUUUCUACUUCUUUCUUUUUUUUUAUGUCUUUUAUGUAUUGAACCUUUUGUAAGUUUAGUUCGUAUUUAGAUCAAUAAAGUUUAUUACAAUGAA